AUGGGCCAUGUUCUGGUCACUAGCUCCAACCGUUAUUCCUGCAUGCUAGGCUAUCCAUCUUACCAAAAGGAGGUAGAAGCCUUCAAUACGGAUCGUUUCGCCGAAGACCUGAUCAAGAAUGCCGUCAAAGCUGGCUUGAAUCCCAAUAAGCUCAUCCUUGUUGUACCGCUACUUGCUAGAUCGAACUACGAGAGCUCAGACAUAGGAUACUCGAAUGCGAUCUACGACCUCGGCGUGGAUCCAAGAGAACACGCUGACGAGAAUAUCGCUACUGUGGACAUAGAAAUCGGUACUGGAUCCUGGCAGUGA